GAAAGAGGAUGGGAAUACAAACAAAUAUGCGUGACGAGGGUUCCAGGAUAUGGUUUUGGAAUUGCUGUUUCUGGAGGGCGAGACAAUCCGCAUUUUGCUUCUGGGGAUCCCAGUAUAGCCGUUAGCGAUGUUUUAGCGUCUGGCCCGGCAGAACGUCUCCUCCAGGUUAAUGACAGAAUAAUAUCCGUCAAUGGAAUAUCGUUACAGAACGUGGACUAUGCUACUGCAGUACAAGUACUUCGGGAUUCAGGAGACACUGUGACAUUAGUAAUUAAAAGAAGAACCAUACAGCACAAUCAUAGUCACAGUCAUAGUGCGUCAUUCAAUGGACCUCCCUUGCCUGCACUCGGGAUCAACAAUGCUGUACCUGCCAAAGUUACGCUCACUAAAAAUUCGAAAAAAGAAGAUUUUGGAAUCGUUUUGGGUUGCAAGCUAUUCAUAAAAGAAAUUUCCCCGAAAGCGAGAGAUCAACUGAUGAACACCAACCAGUCUCUAGAAGUGGGAGAUUUUCUGACGAAACUCAAUAACACGAAUUGUACUGAUAUGAUGUCAUUGAAGGAGGCUAAGAAAAUCAUAGACGGUUCCAAGGAUAAACUACAUAUUACAGUCGCUAGGGAAUUCGGACUGAACUCCAAUGUAUCUCAUCAGGCACAGAGUUCAAUCAGUACGACAGGAGCUGUUAAUAAUUUUUACAAAGGCGAUGAUUUUCUAACUGCAGGUCAUCAAAGUUACUCCAAUCAAAACCUUUACGUCCAGCCACCGACUAGAAAUCCGAAUUUGAAUCAAAAUGGUAGUUUCGAGGAAAAACUGGAUCAAAACAGUGGUCCGAAUUCGUUGCCAGAUGAGAAGAGUAACUUAGCGCCACGUGGCAGAUCCAGGGGCCCUCUUUCGGAUUCUAAUCUUGGUCAGUUGGAAGGUAAUAGAAAUAGCAUUGCUGGUUACGGGCUCGUGAAAGCAAGAGAAGAACCUCCAAGACCGCCACCACCAAGAGCAGAAGAUUAUUACAGUAGUAGAAGACAAAUUUAUGAAGAUGAUCCAAUCAUCCAAAAGACAAAGCAACCCAUACCUGACGCAAGAUUCAUCACAUUCCACAAGGAAGGAUCUGUAGGAAUAAGACUGACUGGUGGUAACUUUGCCGGCAUAUUCGUGACUGCUGUCCAACCUGGAAGUCCUGCUUCUCUUCAAGGACUGCAACCUGGAGACAAAAUAUUAAAGGUUAAUGACAUGGACAUGACUGGGGUCACGAGAGAAGAAGCUGUGCUUUUCCUUCUGAGUUUGCAAGAUAGAAUUGAAUUGAUUGUGCAGUUUUGCAAAGAAGAAUAUGACGGCAUAGUUGCUUCGCAAAAGGGUGAUAGUUUCUAUAUUAAAACACAUUUCCAUUAUGAUAGUCCCGCCAAAGGAGAAGUGCCUUUCCGAUCUGGUGAUAUUUUUCAUGUUAUUGAUACAUUGUACAAUGGUGUUGUUGGAUGCUGGCAAGUUUUCAGAAUAGGAAGGAAUAAUCAGGAAGUUCAAAAAGGAAUUAUACCAAACAAAUCCCGAGCAGAAGAACUCGCUACGGCUCAGUUCAAUGCAACGAAGAAAGAAAUGUCAGCCAACGAAUCUAGAGGAAGCUUCUUCAAACGGCGGAGAAGUUCAAACAGAAGAUCAAAGAGCUUGGGGAAGGAACAUUGGGAUGACAUAUUGUUCUCAGAUACUGUUUCCAAGUUCCCAGCAUACGAGAGGGUGCUGCUCAAGCACCCCGGUUUUACUCGACCUGUGAUAUUAUUCGGACCAAUUGCCGAUGUGGCUAGAGAGAAACUGCUCAAAGAUUUUCCGGAUAAAUUCAUUUCUCCUCAAUUAGAUGCCACUGCAGAAGAGACCAGCAGUAAGUCACACAAAACAUCUACAAACUCGAAUAUCAUCAGAUUGUCAGCCAUACGAGAUGUGAUUUCAACUGGAAAACAUGCUUUGUUAGACAUAACCCCAAAUGCAGUUGAAAGAUUGAAUUAUGCGCAGAUGUAUCCCAUCGUGGUGUUUUUCAAAGCAGACACGAAAAUUGUGAUAAAACAGCUCAGGCAGGGUCUACCUAAAUCGGCCCAUAAAAGUUCCAAAAAACUACUGGAACAGUGCCAAAAACUCGACAAAGUAUGGAGCCAUGUUUUCAGUGCCAUGAUAACUUUAAAUGACAACACGGACACAUGGUAUAGAAAAGUCAGGGAAAUAAUUGAUAAACAGCAAAGUGGAGCACUUUGGAUGUCUGAAAGCAAGGGACACAACUUCUUUUCCGACAUAUAUUUCCCACCAAUUUUCCUUCAGCCCAGAUCGACCAAUUCCCUUCCUCAAAGAAACCGUCCUUCGAGAAGUCGCACAAGAAAAGCUGCUCUCUCCAUGUACAGUUCUCCCCAAUUCAUCCAUCGUACCUCCCCUUUCAUGUUCCCGUACACAUCAUACGAACAACAUUAUUCCUACUUAACGCCCGUACAGAGUCAGAGUAGUAUCUUUUCAGAAAAUCAUCGAAAUCCCGAAGAAUCAUUAUCAGACGAUUUCCUUUUCCCAAUGUCAUCUUUGAGAUUGUCUUACGCCAGCUCGCCGGAAAGUGAUUUGGAGCACAGCCCUGGGCCCCCUACUUCUCCGGCCCUCAAUGGAAAUGGGGGAAAUGGUGGAAGGUUAGCUAAAGCGAGUUCCGAUCCAAGUGUUGUAAUGCCUGACAACAGUACCAGCGACGUUUUGCCUCCAUAUCAGCCUACCUAUGACUCCAGGUAUGGUUUCAACCAAGAUCAACAGCAAGUACCUCCAGACUCCCAACUUACUCCUACAGACUCCCCCAUCGUGAAAGACCCUCCUUACACUCUGUCCAAUCCAGACAUUCCGUCCUCAAUUGAACCCCAAAAUAUUUAUGGAAAAACGGCUAAUUACAACGACAAAUCUCCGAUCUACUCCUCUGAACCCUACCAGAAAGCAGACCCCCGACACGAAUUCAACUCUAGAAACGAAUUCAAUUCACCAGAUAGAAGGCCCGAGUUUAACAGUACAGAGAAGAAUAUGCAGCAUAAGAGGCAAACGAGCACCGUCCACGGAGUUUAUGGUCACGUUAAAGGGCAGGGUGGGGUCGAGCAGAGUCCUGCGAAAGACGGCAUUUAUGGACAAGUUCCGGAUUUACCGCCUAGGAUCGAUAGAGCAGCUAAACCUAUGGGGUUGCUGACCACUCCUAAUAAAAUCCCGAAUGGGCGAUCAGCUCAUGAGCGAUUAUUUGGCUCGAAAACCAUCCCUCAGGCGGUCAGUAACGAUCCGAACGCAAAUGAGAAUGCCAGUUUCAAUACCAAAGCGAGUUCUCUUGAAAGAAGUCAGAAUUCCAAAUCGGAUUCUUUAUCGAGCUAUGAUUCUUUCAACAAACAGUCCAACGCUAGAAUUGGCCCAAAUGCUCAUGAUGAUCUCAAGACAACGCUCUCCAAAAUCGAUCCCGCCGCAACGAAUUUGCCAAACAGUCCGUCCAAAUACAACGUAGGUCCGAGGUGGGAACAAAAUUCUCACCGACACGGGUCCAAAAUGGACCUGAAAUUUGGUUUACCAAGUGCAGAGCAACAUCUGGACAAUAGUUUGAGGAAUUCAAGAGAAAUGGAGAAGGAGGGUACUCCAAUGGAUCCUACUAGUCCCAGAGAUUCUGUAGAAAGAGAAAUGUACAGGUAUUCUAGGUCCUCAUCAAAACCAAACACUCCUGGAAAACCACAUAUGGAAACUAAGACCGAUUAUGGAAAAUACAGUCGGAACAAUAACUCGUCCCAGCCUCAUCACCAGCCUCCUCCUGAAUAUACCCGUAGCUCACAUCAAGACCUUAGAGAGUCUACGCUAAGCAUACAUCAACAAUCUCCCAUUAGAAGUCCGCCGAUGCAUCAUAACGGCUACGACACAGGUCCCCCGAACCACGUCGGGCCUCCCAAUGGAAACGGGUACAAACCUGUCCCGCCCCCUAAACCUAAAAACUACAAGCCGCCGUAUAAGCAACAAGGCUACCCUGGAGGAGAGGGGAUGGUGCAGCCUCCGCCGGUUUAUCAACAUGGAAAGAGCCAUAGUAAUCCAGUGAAGCGAGCUGUCCGGUAUCCUAAUCAUAUUUUUUGUCAUUCAAGGCCUAUGGUGGAUCAGCCAGCUUUUUACGGAUCACAACCUAACAUUGCUCAAAAUCUAAAUUCAUCAUCUGCUACUAAUUCGCCAAAAGUAACCCCCAAACUAACAAAAACCCAAUCAUUCAAACAUCCGAAGAGCGAAGGUUUCACACCGAAACUACUUCGCAAACUAUCCUUCACGAAAAAGAACAGAGACGGAACUCCAAAAAUGAACAAAAAACUCUCGCUCCAACCCGAGAGAAUAAACGAGAAUCAAGUCCUCCAAGACAUCAACAAAAAUUCCCAGGACAUGUCUAGGCCCAGCAAGAGAGACGUCACUGCAGCCACUGUCACCCACAAAGGUGCCACUUUAGUUAACGAGUACUGGGGGGUGUCUCUGGAAGUGCCUUCUGGGGCAAUACCUAAAGGAGAGGAGCGCCACAUUUAUUUCGUUAUUUCUGAUCCAAGAUUGUGCGACAAUGCUCCUCCAUUAGAUCUCGAUAAUGGUGAAACCAUGCUGUCGCCUCUGGUAAUGUGUGGCCCGCAAGGUACCGAAUUUCUGAAGCCUGUGAUUCUAAAUAUACCCCAUUAUGCCAACACACUUCCUAGCUUAGGAAUUAGUUUAAAAGCGACAGAUUCUGAGCAGGAUAUCCAUACCGAUUGGGACAAUAUUCUACUGCCUAGUAAUCAUGCCGCUAAUAGUGUAGCUGUAAAAGUUGAUCAUUUUUAGAAAUAGUACCAGUUCAAACUUUCAGUUCAAACGAACUACUAAUCACAAAGUUUGACUGAUUUGAGGACAUUUUUCAUUGACAGUUGAAGAUGUUAUUUCAACUGAUUGAUCAGUGAUUCGGAAAUGCUACUUUUGAAUUUUGUGCAAGUCGUGUUAUUGGUCAUUUUAUUGUUUAUAGUUUUCAGUAUUCAAGAUCAAAAUAACAUUUCAAGUGAUUUUAUAAUGCUUGAAAGAAAUAUUUCGAGUUAUAGACUCAGAUCGUUCUACAAAUAUAUGAAAAAUAAAAGAAUAUUUUAAUAUAAAA